UUACAAGUGAACUCUUCUGCAGAUUUUCCGCUUUUGUAGGUCCAAAUGCCACAAAAAUUUCAAAAUGAAGAGGAAUCCUCGUAAAGUAAAGUGGACUAAAUCCUACAGGGCAUUACGGGGAAAGGAUAUGACACAGGACUCAACCUUUGAGUUUGAAAGGAAGCGAAAUAGGCCAGAGAGAUACGAUAGGAAUGUAUUUAACAACACCUUGAAUGCUAUGAAGAAAAUUCACAAGGUUAGAGCUGAAAGGGAGGUUAAACAUAUAGCCAAAAGGAUGCAAGGGAAGAAACAAAAGGAACUGCAGGAGGCACAGAAGGAACUGGAGCAAAGCAUCUACAUGGUCAAGGCCCCAUCUGUGCUCAAAGAAGACCAAUCUCUCACACUGCCCAAGCUCAAAGUCAAGGUCAGCCAAAAACAAGCAGCGGCUCAACAAAUGGAAGAAUAAUGAGUCUGCAAAUUUUAAUCUUAAUUCGACCAUGGGUGGGACCAAAAUUUUGACACUUUUUGUUUAUUAUUUGGAGAGAAUUCCUUAGAAGGUUGUAUCUGUCUGCCUUCCUUUACAUUCUUGUUUCAUUCUCUUCAAAAACAUCUUAUAAUCAAAUCUUUAGAGAUAAAAAUUGAGAUUGUUAUUUACUGCUUGUACCUUUGGAUUUUGGUACAAGUUAUUAUUGAUAUAACAUGCUGUGAAGCACCAUUUGUUGGUGGGUUUUCUCAA